AUGGUCUCGGUGCUUGCCCAGUCCACCUCUCUCUCUGUGCGACUCUGGACCUCGCUCGGUGGAUUCGCAAUCGACGGCAUGCGAGUAACGACGUUGACCGGCCUAGAACUCAGCAGAGCGGUCCUGGAAGGAAUCAUGGUCAGGGCUGGGCGCGAUGUGGUCCUCCGGAGCAGCGGAGAACAUGGAAAAGCAGAAGCCGAGUCUAUUCUCGAACGGAGUCUGGCCACUAUACACACGGUCAUCACUUCGACGUCGCUGUUCGCAGCCGCUUCAUUCCACUUCUAUUCCACGACAAUCAACUCCGCAGGUCAUAUGUCGCAGGAGGUUUUAUCGACCCUCGACGCGAUCCUCGGAUCGACUGAAUCUUCGCGCGCGAUCGCGGCGAUCAUCACGCUUAUCCGCAGAGAAUUUAGGGGCCCUCGUGUCGAAGCCGGGACCGAUCAGAUAGGCGUCGGCGAUCUUUUAAUUGGCACUGUCGGCUUUGCCAUGCUGCAGCGAUGGGGCCGAAGAGCGACAGAACGUCAUCUCCGCGCCGAUGGUGGUGAUGAGGUUGUCUGGGAUGUUGUCAUCCUCGAUAGUGGCGUCAGGGCCGAUGUUGUCGGAACGCAUGAGAUAAGUUCCGCGAGAAGUCCGGACGACAUCAGCGAUGAUACGAAGCGAUCCUCUUUCAUAUCGCCGGGGAAUGACGACGACACCUUCGAUGCGGUACAACGGCCAAAAAGCUCAGACGGCGUCGUGGGACAAGCUUCGUUGUCGCUUUCUCCCAGCAACCAAAAUCAGAUGUCAGAUGAAGACAUGAGGUCGUACAUCUUGAGUCAAAUCCCCAAAGGGUGCCGCGCGUCGAUAAAGACGGAUAUAGUCACGACACGGACCAUCACUGUCGAUAUCUACGACGAUGACACUGCAGAAAUUGCCGCGCCGCCUGGGACGAUGAUGAUCGAGGAACGAUUCCAUAAUGAUCCACACAGUGACAGUAAUGCUCUCGGGCCCUCUCAACAACUCCCAAAACAUACUGUGGUUUUCCGGACCGCCCUGAACAGGUCACAAAGCGCAGAUGUCAGAUCACCUCAGCGGCUUGACCGCACGGGGAUCCAAGAGAUCGAGUCAGAACAAGACGGCUCGAGCUCAAGCCGUCUUCAUGGCGUGGCUUUUCCUGGUUCACCUCCUGAUGUCCCUCCGAAAAACGACGAUACGGGCAAUACAAUGGCCGCCAAACAGGUGCAACGGGAGAACAAGAAACUAAGAACGGCCGAUGAACAUCUCGGCCCUGGAGAGAAACGAACCAGCGAGCCUAACGCUCCCAAACCACACCGCGCCAGCGCUAGCCAGUCGUCUUUGAGUGAACCAGAGUCUGCUCCUAAGAACUCGUUCGGAAAAGCUUCAUUAACCCGAUUUGCUCAGAGAGUAAAGCCGGCCGGCAAUGAGAAGAACGAGCAUGGUAAACGGCCCUCGCUUAAAUCAGCAUUCGAAAGGCCAAGCGCGUCAUCGACCGAUACCUCACAACGCAGCAAGGUAUCUAGAACGCUCGCUCCCGAACGGAAGCCACCAUAUCGUAACUAUACCGCGGAAGGCAGUCGGAAGAGUACCACCGCUUCCAAACCAGGCCCUUCGUCGGUAGCGAACAGUGGUUUGCCGAGGUCACCGAUGCAGAACUCGCGACUAGGAUCGUCCUCCCCAACUGCUCGUCGUUCUAACCCGCGUGAUACCCGGUCAGGCAGAACCUCAAGACCUGAUUAUUACUCUGUCCAAGAGAAGACGCAAGAGUCCUUCGUGUCACAAACUGAUGCUUAUUCUUUGCGACCAGUAGAUAACCGGCCCGGUUCAUCCGCUGGAAUGAGAGCACAUGUGCGCAGUAGCAGUUCCAUGUCACUCACGCGAUCUGAACAAGAUAUGACCGUGUCCGUCGGUGAGGGCCAGCCCAGUUCGUCCACUCUUCACCACCGGAGGUCAAAGUCAUACACGCCCAGUGUGUACUCAUUGGCAACGGCGGACUCGGAAACGUCGCUUGUACUGGCCCACCGCGCUCGAAAGAGCGCGUACGACGACAUGUCCACUAUGCAAUCGCUCAAUAGGGAUGGUCUGAUCCCUGGAAUGUUUCCACAGAAGCACUUUGUGCAUAACAUCAGACGAUUUUGCCGCUUCUCUUCAGCGUCGUACGGGUCGAAUGCUCUCAAAGUCAUGGGUGUACCGCAGUCAGCUAAAGCACUUCCUUCUCAGGAGUCCGACAGCUGGGAACACAGCUUCUUCUCCGACCAUACAGGACUACCAGCAUCAACAAUCCUCCUGUCAUCUUUUGUCGACCCAGCUGGGGGUUCGAAUGCGGCUGGGGAAACAGGGACAGGCUUCCCUUUGGUUCAUUACCUUUUCCUAGACCAUGAUUCGAAGGCUGUGGUACUGACGUUGCGGGGUACAUGGGGAUUUGAAGAUGUUCUCACGGAUAUGACAUGUGAUUAUGAUGAUCUUGAAUGGCAGGGGAAAAACUGGAAAGUCCACAAGGGCAUGCAUGCAUCUGCAAAGCGGCUCCUGAUGGGGGGAGGCGGAAGGGUGAUGAUUACACUGAAAGCCGCCUUGGAAGAAUUCCCCGACUAUGGUGUGAUUCUCUGUGGCCAUUCAUUGGGCGGCGGAGUCGCUGCGAUUCUGGCGACUAUGCUCUCAGAGCCCAGCAGCGACGGCCCAGGCAUGCCAUUCACCACCUCUUCGCAUCAAGCCACCGCACGACGUAUGAUCCUCAGUGGGAACAGCGGCCCUGAAACACAACCGAACAACAUGUAUUUCCUUCCUCCCGGGCGUCCUAUUCACGUCUAUGCGUACGGCCCGCCUGCAGCAAUGUCCCCUUUCUUACGCCGUGCAACACGGGGAUUGGUCACGACAAUUGUCAAUGGCCAAGACGCCGUACCGAGUCUUUCUCUGGGAAUACUGCACGACAUGCACACCGUUUCGCUUGCUUUCAAGAGUGACAUAUCCCGCGCCCAAACGAAUGUACGACGUCGUGUCUGGGAAAGCCUCAGACAAAGCAUUCUCCACAAGUUCUACGUCAACGAACCCCCUAUCCUUCUCCAUGCUGGAAAUGGAAUCGGAGAGGACGCUUGGGCGUGGGAGACUCUGAAGAUGCUGCGGGAGGAGAUGCUCGCGCCCAAGCUGAUGCCGCCUGGUGAGGUAUUCGUUGUCGAGACAAUGCGUGUGUUGCAACGAAAUGCGUUCACGUCGGAUAGCGGCGAUGACGGCUAUCCCCGGCUGGGUCGACCAGCAACAAGAGUGCAGCUGAAAUUCGUCCAUAAUGUUGAGGCUGUAUUUGGAGAGCUGCGAUUCGGCUCGGGGAUGUUUAGCGAUCAUAAUCCGGCCAGUUACGAGGCCAGUAUUUCGGCCCUGGCGCGUGGCAUUCUGGAUGAUUAA